AUGCUCUUUGUUAAGCUAUCUCCAUUUCAGCGGUCUUGUGGUAGCCGAUCGGAGCGUGCUAGGGCCCGUCGGCUACAUUCCGAGCGCCACCCGCAGUGCACACCACCCACCGAUGUGCUGCAGAUGUGCGGCCGCUGGUGGAGCCCGGAGCGCCGUGCUGCACCUCGCGGCAGCCCAGGUGAGGGGUCGGUGCUGGGCCUGAGCGCCACGCUGCUGCGCCUGCAGGGCUUCUGGGGCCCGCAACACGGCGGCCGCCGCGUCGCCAGCGCCCUCGCUGCCGGUCUCUCACUGGCGUUCUCGUGCGGGCUGGUGAUUAUGCCUCUCCUCAAGCUACUAAUGGAUCGUCCACAAGAACGUGAGGAGUUAGCCACGUGUAUCUUCGUCGUAGUAAUAUACAGCGAAAUUUUUAUCAAGCUGGUGUGCUUCGUGGUGAAAGCGCCAACCCUGCGGGAGGUAGUGGAGCUGCUCUCCGAGAAUGGAACGAGCAGCAGCACCGGUGAACGCAGUGGCGACACUCGGCGACGUUACCAAAGACUCGGAAACCGCCUGCUCCUGGCCUCCUUGGGGACCACAACUGUAACAGUGGUUAUUUGGGCGGCUUCCCCACUGGUUCACCAUUUCCGCAACGCGGAAGAUGGGAGCACUUUCAGCAACAAUCGCUCUCUGCCUCUGGCCGUCUGGUUACCAUUGGACAUGUACGUGUCCCCCACAUACGAGGCACUCUACCUGAUACAGUUCCUGAGUAUGAUGUCCGUUGAUAUUGCUGUUGUGUGCACUGACUGCUUUUUCGUUGACCUCAUGCUGAGGGUUGCUGCUGAGUUGGAGAUUUUGAACGACAACAUUUCAGCUUUGCGUAAGUGGAAGACUUCAGCAACAUUAAAGAACCAGGACAAACCAGGUGAAUGUAUCUCAGAUCUUGAGAUACAUCUACAGAUUUCGAAGAAUGUCAAGCACCAUCAGGCAAUUCUUAGGGAGGAGUGGUUUGGGAUCACCACCAGAGUCAUGAGCGUCAGCCAGGGAACUGUAGGUGGUCGAGAGUCGGAGCAAUCUACUGAGAAUCGCAUGAUUGGGCAAUGUCUCUGGAGUCAGUUCAGUCACACGGACUCUGAAUUCAGUCACGUGGCAUGA